AUGAAGGGUACUGAAAUUGUUAAGAUUUCGCAGCCUAUAUCAGUUGAUACAAGAUUAGAUGUUAGAGAACUAAUUCCAAUAGGCGAUAACCUCGCCGAUAACCACAGUAGUUCAGCCACCACCGCCGCUCUUGAGAUCCAUCGCCGAUUUCUGGCCUCCAUCGCUCUUGAGAUCCACAGCCUUCAAUCUCUGGCCUCCACCGCCGCAACACCACCAGUUCGUUCAGAUUUCAAGAGAAGCAAGACAAUGGAAGGUACCGAUUCACAGUCCACACCAACAAAUGAAGGAUCGGCAUCAAAGUCAAGUUCUGAAAAUGUUAGGCAAAAAACUGAUAUAGCUUGGAGAUAUGCUAUAGAAGGACAAGAUUCACAAGGUAGAAGAAUUUUGAUAUGUCAAUGGUGCAGUAGUAUUUUUAGAGGGGGAGGUAUUAAUCGAGUGAAGCAUCAUCUUGCAAAAGUAAAGGGUAAUGUGGCUCCAUGCAAAAAUGUGCCAAAUGAUGUUCAGCAGAUAAUGGAAGAUUCAUUGAACGAAAAUGUUAAAAAAGCAAAAGAGAAAAAAGGGAUAUUUGAAAUUGGAAAUCCAUUGGGCCGAAGUGUAGCGGGAUUUGAAGAUGAUGAUAUUCAAGAAAUUCCUCAUCUAAAAACAAAGACUCAAACUAACAUGAGUGGGAAUAAGGGAAAAAGAAAGGCACAUGGCAUUGAAUCUUAUAUGACAGGUAAAUCUCUUGAUCGCUCUCAACCGAGUAUCAAGUCUUGUAUGCAAAGUAAAGAGAGAUGGCAUGAUACUGACAUGGCUAUAGCUUUGUGGUUUUAUGAUGCAUGUAUUCCAAUGAAUGCUUGUAAUUCUCCCUAUUACCAACAAGCAAUUGGAAAAAUAACAAGUAUGGGUCAUGGUUAUCAAGGACCUAGUUAUCAUGCUUUAAGGGUAACUUUGUUGAAAGAUGCAAAGAAGCAAGUUGAAUUAAUUGUUGACAAUCUACGUAGUAAAUGGGCUGAAACUGGUUCCACAAUUAUGGGUGAUGGCUGGAAGGAUAAUAGGCAAAGAAGUUUGAUCAAUUUUUUGGUCUAUUGUCCUAGUGGGAUCUCAUUUAUCAAAUCUGUUGAUGCUUCAGAUUUUGAGUCUAAUGCUGAAUAUUUGUGUAAUCUGUUUUCAGAAAUUGUUGAGAUUGUUGGAUCUAGUAAUGUUGUUCACAUGGUCACAGAUAAUGCAAGCAAUUAUAAAGCUGCCGGUCGAUUACUUUCUGAAAAAUAUCCUACAAUUAGUUGGUCUCCUUGUGCAGCACAUUGUUUGAAUUUAAUUAUGAAAGAUAUUGGAGAAAUGACUCAUGUGAAAGAUGUAAUUACUCUUGCUUCAAGAGUCACUGUGUAUGUUCAUAAUCGAAAGUGGAUUCUUAGUUGGUUAAGAAAAAGGCCUGGUUGGAGAGAGAUUUUUCGUCCUGCGGAAACACGAUUUGGUACUAAUUUUAUUGCUUUGAAGAAUCUUCAUGAUUUGAAACAACAUUUGGAGGCUUUAGUGACUUCUAGUGCAUACAAGAGAGAGUUGAAAAAUGAAAAAGGUAAAGAAGUCAAACAAAUUGUUGUUGAUGGGAAGUUUUGGAAUAAUUGUUUGAUUAUUGUGAGAAUUAUGGGUCCAAUUAUGCGCUUGUUGCGCAUUUGUGAUUCUGAUGAAAAACCAUCAUUGGGUUAUGUAUAUGAAGGCAUGUGGAGAGUUGUUAAUGGCAUUAAAGAGCUGUUUAAGAAAAAGAAAAAGUUCUAUGGUCCAUACAUUGAUAUAAUUGAUAGGAGGUGGGAUAAUAUGUUGGAAAAAGAUCUUCAUGCAGCUGCCUUUUGGUUGAAUCCGGCCUUUCAAUAUGAUAAGGAUAGCCCUUGUCACAUGCCUGAGAUUAUGAAAAGUGUUUUAGAAGUCAUGCAAAAGCUAAAAAUGGAUGGACUUCAAUAUAUGAUGGAUGAAAUAUCAAUGUUUAGGUCAAAGGAUCAAAGUUUUGGAUUUGAAUUUGCUCAAAAUACUCACAAAACUGCCCGUCCAGAUGAGUGGUGGAAAUUGUUUGGUAAUGAUGCUCCACAUUUACAAAAGUUGGCAAUUAAACUCUUGAGCCAAACAUCUUCUUCUUCGGGAUGUGAACGCAAUUGGAGUGUAUUUGAACGCAUCCAUACCAAAAAGAGAAAUAGACUUGAGCAUCAAAGGUUGAAUGAUCUUGUUUAUAUUCAUUAUAAUUUACGUUUGAAGAAUAUGCUUUCAUAUAAAAAGAGGUCUUAUGAUCCGGUGGAUUAUGAAACUAUUGAUAAAGUUGAAUUUUGGGUAAUUGAUGAGGAACAAGAAGGAGAGCUUGAUUAUGAUGAGUUAGAAGAAAUGAUUGAAGAAGAAUUUCCCAAAACUAGCGAGAAAGAAGCCUCUCAAUCACAUAAGAAAGACACAAAUAUUGUGCAACUUGAUGAUGAGGAUGAUGUUGAUGAUAUCGACUUCGAAAGUUAUGAAAUUGGAGAUAAGGAUGAUGAGGAUGAAGAUGAAGAAUGGCUUAGAUAG